AUGAUAGAAAGCGCAGAAGCCGGGUCCGGCUAUCCUCACGGCCAUCUAGGUCACCUUACAACCGAACAAGAAUUGGCUCUGGCAGGAUUCAAGCUACUUUGCAAAGAAAAAGGCUACUACGAGCCCUUGUCGCCCUCGUCUUCAGCAUCUCACGAUGAUGCUACUCUUCUUCGAUUCUUACGCGCCCGACGCUUCGAAAUUGCUUCAGCUGUGGAACAGUUCAUUGCUGAUGUCGAUUGGCGAAAGCUAAACUCCGUUUGCGAAAUUUAUGAAACAAUUGAUCUCCAACACUAUGAGGAAGCCCGCCGUAUUUACCCACAAUGGACUGGUCGAUGCGACCGUCGUGGAAUCCCUGUCUAUCUUUUCGAGGUGAAACACUUGACUUCACAAACUAUGGCAGAUUACGAGAAUUCAUCAAAGAAAACAUCUACAACUGCUCAAACAGACAACAAAACUUCAUCGAAGAUACUGCGCUUGUUUGCACUUUAUGAAAACCUCACAAGGUUCACCAUGCCACUCUGCACCACAGCUACCGAUCGACCUUAUCCUGACACGCCGAUUACACAGAGUAGUAAUAUUGUAGAUAUUUCUGGCUUAGGGCUUAGGCAGUUUUGGAAUCUGCGCGAACACAUGCUGAACGCAUCCACACUGGCCACAGCUCAUUACCCUGAAACAUUGGACCGUAUCUUUAUAAUUGGUGCACCCAGCUUUUUUCCAACUGUUUGGAGUUGGAUCAAGAAAUGGUUUGACGUAAACACGACUUCCAAAAUUUUCAUAAUAGGCGCAGCAGAAACCCAACAAACUCUUGAAGGUUUCAUUGAGCCUCAAAAUCUACCCAAAAAAUACGGCGGUGAGCUAGAAUUUCAUUACGGUGACUUACCGAAACUACAUGCAAAUAUGGAGGAAAACAUCAGUUGGGAGGGCGAUUAUUCCAGCUUCCCAGGAGGCCCAAUGUAUUGGGUCGAAAAUGAUGAGACUUUAGUAGCGUAUGCCGCUGGUAGUUCUUCGGGGGCUGUGCGUAACGGGAAAAUUUGUACAAUCCGGAAGACUGUAAAGACCCAGUCAGAAAAAACGACCCAUCUUGGUAACAGCUUAAGUACAGCUCGUUCAAAAGCUUAUAUGGAUGCAAAAGAAAUAGCAUCCUUGAGUUCAGAGAAGGCUUUACUUGCAACCAGCAAUGAUGAAACUUGUGACCUAAAGCUCUUAGCUACCAAGCCUGAAAUAGAAAUACCAGACCUUGUCAUGCCCGAUGUUUUAAAAAAUAACAUAACAUCUGGCGAAAUAAGUAAUAAGCAGCAAUGA